AAGCUUCCUCCCCGCCGGGACGGGACGGGACGGAGCUGCCGGCACGGGCGGUGACAGCGGGGGACGCGAUGGCGGCGGGAGCCAGCCGGAGGCUGCAGCGGUCCCUGCUGCUCCUGGCCCUCACCUGGGGUGCCACUUUUGUCCCCUGGCCAGCCCAGGCUUUGCAGAGGAUCGCCCUGCGGAGGAUGCCCUCCAUCCGCCAGACGCUGCAGGAGAUGGGGGUGAAGGUGCGGGAGGUGUUCCCGGAGCUGCGCCGGGGCACACGCGGAGGAGGGGACGGUCCCCGCAACGGGACAGCGCCCACCCUCCUCACCAACUACCUGGAUACCCAAUAUUUCGGCGAGAUCAGCAUCGGGACCCCCGCGCAGACCUUCAAGGUGGUCUUUGACACGGGCUCGGCCAACCUGUGGGUGCCGUCCUACAAGUGCUCCCCCCUCUACAGCGCCUGUGUGUCCCACAGCCGCUACGACUCCUCCAAGUCGCGCACCUACAUCGCCAACGGCACCGGCUUCGCCAUCCGCUACGGCACCGGCAGCGUCAAAGGCGUCCUCAGCCAGGACAUCGUCACGGUGUCGGACAUCCCGAUCAUCCAGGUGUUCGCCGAGGCCACGGCGCUGCCCGCCUUCCCCUUCAUCUUCGCCAGGUUCGACGGCGUGCUGGGCAUGGGCUACCCCGGGCAGGCCAUCGACGGCAUCACCCCCGUGUUCGACCGCAUCCUGGCGCAGCAGAUCCUGCAGGAGGACGCGUUCUCCGUCUACUACAGCCGCGCUUCCAAGAAUUCUCCCCUGAAACCCGGCGGGGAAAUCAUCCUGGGAGGCAGCGACCCCGCCUAUUACACCGGCGACUUCCACUACCUGAACGUCAGCAGGAGCGGCUUCUGGCAGAUCAGCAUGAAGGGGGUGUCCGUCGGAGCCGAGAUCCUGUUCUGCAGGGAGGGCUGCUCGGUGGCCGUGGACACGGGAGCCUCCUACAUCACCGGCCCCGCCGGCCCCGUGUCCGUGCUCAUGAAAGCCAUCGGGGCCACCGAGGUGGCCGAGGGAGAGUACGUGGUGGACUGCGAGCAGGUGCCUCAGCUGCCCAACAUCUCCUUCCACCUGGGAGGGAAGGUUUAUGGCCUCAGUGGCCCUGCCUACGUCCUGCGGCAAUCCCAGUACGGGGAGGACGUGUGCGUGGUGGCUUUCUCCGGGCUGGACAUUCCCCCUCCGGCCGGUCCCCUCUGGAUCCUGGGCGCCACCUUCAUCGGUCACUACUACACCAAAUUCGACCGGCGCCACAACCGCAUCGGCUUCGCCAGCGCCCGCUGAGGGCCCGGGGGAUCCGGGGGGAUCCGGGGGGGUCCGGGGAUGGAGAACCAGCCCCGAGGAGCUGCCGGAGCCCCGGGAAGCAGCGAGGGAACAGCAGCUCCCUCCCAGCUCUGCCACCUCCUCUCUGUCACUGCAGCGGCUCCCAAACCUCGCCCGCUCCCACUCCCAAACCCCCGCGCUGCUUCCCGGGAGCUUCUCCUGCAGCCGAGAGCUGAGCCUGGAGCUGGGCUGGGAAUCCCAGCGGGAUCCUGCGGCCGGAGCGGCUCCUCCGGGCGUUUUUGGGGUGAUGUGCAAGGCCAGGAGCAGCACGCGGUGGUUGAGGGAUGGUUCGUGCCCGUUCCUAAAUCGCGGGGGGAAAUAAUCCGUGUUUAAUGAUAGUUUUAGCCCCGCCCCUCUUCAUGAAUUUGAUAUUAAACAAUUUAA